CCCUCUCCCUCUCUCUCUCUCUCUCUCUCUCUCUCUCUCUCUCUCUCUCUCUCUCUCUCUCUCUCUCUCUCUCUCUCUCUCUCUCUCUCUCUCUCUCUCUCUCUCUCUCUCUCUCUCUCUCUCUCUCUCUCUCUCUCUCUCUCUCUCACACACACACACACACAAUCUCUACAGCCUGGCAGCUCACUUGGCCCACACAUUCCAGGAUGACUCUGUUCUGAAACACAAGGAGCCUUCACCAGUUUGUUAAAGUCUCAGUUGCAAUCAUGCCCAUUCUGAAGAAACUCCCAGGAAGAUCCAAAAGCUGCAACGAGUUUCCACGAGUGAACGGUGAGCUGAUUCUGCCUCGACUGGACCUGGACCUGAGGGGCUUGAAUGAUCUCAAUGACCUGAAGGAGCUGAAUGACCUGAAAGACCUGAAGAACCUAAACCCGUUUGAGGAUGUGGACCUAGAUGAGGAUGAGCGGAAUGGAGGCGACAUGGGUCUGGUCAUGGGGGACUUCAGAGGGACCCUCCAGCUCAGGUCCUCCCGUGAUGGAGAAGAGGAGGAAAACGAGGUGAAUGCAGAGAGGCACGGCACAGGGAACCCAAAGGGGAAGCCACUCAGGGGGACUCUGGAGCGAAUCUGUGGGGUGUCACCCUUCAAAACCCUCGGGAAACUGGGGAAGGGUCUCCGCAUAUCAGGACGAAAUAUGUGGGGUGGCAAUUCACCGCACGGCCACCCUGGAGACUCCAACACACUCCCAGCAGAGAAGGAGAAGAGAAGGGGCCCAAGAAGAGGCUCUGAGGGGAUUAUGACCCUGCUUCGCUUCACGGGUCGCCACAAGGAGGAACGCAGAGAGAGCCUGCCCUGUGGGGACCUGAGCACCGAGCUGGACCCCGAGGGGUCCAGACGACCCUCCUUCCUCAGAAUCGUCAGUCUGGGAAAGCUGAAGAGAGAAUCCAUGUCAGACAAGACUUCCCAAGAGGCUGACGAGGAAUCAGUGGAGGAAGAACCAGUGGUGAAAACGCGGGAGCCCUUGUCAGUUCUGGAAAUUCUUCAGCUGGUCAACCACAGAGACCUUCUCCUGGCUGACACCCACAUUCAAGAACUGGAGCGAGAGUGUGAGCUUCUGUCUCUGCUGCCCACCCCAGCCUCGCCCACCAUCACCCCUACCUUGAAUCCCAGUACCCCUCCUGGAGGAAUCUUGUUUUCAUCUUCAUCACUGGAUGAAUCAACGAGCUCUAAUGCAACACUAGACUCAAGCAGAAGAAAGGCUAAGGAUGUGGAGCUUUUGUACGAAGCCUUGCAGAGGGAGAUGUGGGACGUGGUGCGAGAGUCGCUCCGUCAGCCCAGUGCUGGUCCCAACCUCGGUCUGGUGGUGUUAGUAAUCCAGCAGGAGGAACAUGCUGAUGCUACCUGGGCUCUGAGGGAAGAGACCAGGACUGAGCGCCUGAGCACACACAUCCAACCUAACCAGCGUCCUCGUCGGCUGAAGGUGAAGUGGAGGCAGGCGGUGGCAGAAGCUGCAGACUGGAGCCUGCCUCAUCAGGUGGACACCCAAGCCGGCCAGCUGGCCUCGUACCUGGAGCGUCUGAGGAGCAGGAUGGUGGAUGAUCUGGAUGCAGCCAGGAGAAAUGCUGUGUCUAUUUACCCAGAAGAGUUUGCAGCCUUCCAGGUGUACAUAGAGAGUUACCACCGAGCUGUGGCUAAGCGUCUUCGGACCAUCACCAGUGGGCCUUUGCAGAUCACAGAUGUCUACUCACUACUAGACUGGUUCUACAACAUUUACAACAGGGAUGUCCUGGGAACCAUUGGCACCACCACGUCCAUAAACUAUGCUGCACUGGAGCCCAUUCUUCCUCAGGAGACGGUGGACAAGCUUGAAGAAGACUGCAUCAGUAUAGUCAAGGAUAAGGUAACAACAGAGCUGAUCCAGGUUCUGGAUGAGGAGGAGAGGCGAUGGGCCCAGACUCUGCACAUAGAAGAGUACCAGUCCCACCUGGCCCAGUCUGUGAUCCAGAGGUUGAAGGUGGACCUGGACAGAUCCACAGCUGUGAGUCAGUUUCUCGGGGCAAGAGUGGCUCGCUGUAGUCUUAUCGGACUGGCUGACUUUCUCUAUAAUUUCCAGAGGAAGAUGGAAAUAUUUCAUGAUACUCAGGCCGAGUUUGGAGAUCGAGGAGAUGGAUACAUGUCUAGGACCAUAGCUCUAGUCAACUGCUGCCCUCCGUUCAGGUCCUUUGUGGAGCGUUGUGGGCAGUGUGACCCACAGGGGAGCGAGGAGUCCGAACAGAGAGCUAACUCCUCGCUGGAUCGCGUCAUCAACCAGUCAGUGAGGGUUCUGACGGACCGGCUGUUCGAGCACAUCAGGCCGUUCUUUGACAAACUGAUAAGGAGAAAAUGGUUGAACAACAUUGAAGCAUUUGAAGCAAUUGAAGCUGGCAUCAAACAGCACUUCAAAAAGUUCAAAAGGAUGGAUCCUCCUCCAUAUCAGACGCUGGUAGGAGAGGUGCACAGACGCGUCCUGGUGGAGUAUGUCCGGGCCAUCAUGAGGGGACGAAUCAUUUGUACAUCCUCAAAGAUGAGGAAGAGGAUGGCCUUCCGUCUGCAAGAUGAGGCUACACAGCUAAAAAGACUUUUCAAAGACCUGGAGUCCAACGCCUCCUGGUUGGACGCCAUCAUCAGCCAUUUAGCUGACAUCAUCCUCCUUGAGGACACCCCCUCCAUCCAAAUGGAGGUGGCUGUCCUGGUGAAGGAGUUUCCUGAUAUAAGGAAGAAGCACAUCUCCACCCUGCUGAAUGUGCGAGGGAUGAUGCGUCAGGCUGACCGUCAGGAGAUCCUUAACAUUGUCAAAGACUUUGAAAACAGCAGUGCCUUCAUCAGCCGGGAUCGUGCCCUCUUUUCUGAAAUCCCCAUCACCUCAGAGGUGCACUGCAUCAGCUUGGGUUUCCUCCGCCUCGCCAUGAGCGUCUCCAACUGGUUCUCAGAGCAUCGGCUCAGGAGAAAGCGCAAGACAAGAUCCAGAAGCACGUCUCAAUCUGCUGACAAUUUGGAAGACACAAAGAAACUUCACAGAGAGGAGUAGGAUACUAAUGAGAUGUACAUGCACCAGAGAAACUUGACCUGAGGUACUGCUUGUCCUGUACAUGCUCACUGACCUUACUUCAUGGCACACGUUCUGUAAAAACUCAGAAGCAGAACUUGCAUUUUAUUAACUCACGAUGAUUUAUAUGUUUUAUGUUAAUCUGCUUAUACAGACAUUUAAAAAUGGCAAAACGUAUCAAUAUGUAACCAGUUCAGUCUUUUUAGCAUUUUAUUCCUCCACAAACACACGACUAGUAGAUGCAACCCAGCAUGUGUAUCAAUCUAGGUGCCUUCCUGCCACAUACUGUAGUACUUCCUGAUCAAAAGUAACAGACGUGCUGAGAUCUUCACCAGCCAUGGUUUCUGAAGCAUGACUGGACUUAAAUGGACUUUUUAGUAAGACACUGAGCUGGGGACCUUUCUUCAGAGACAUGAGAACCUGCGACGGAUGCAGCAGACGGGCUGGCCCCACAGAUCCUUGGUCUCAGUAGUCUGAUCUCUCAGAGACACGGUGGCGAGCUUGUCCACGUGCUUCGUACAGAAACGUUUGUUUUCAGGAGUACCGGUGUGAGCCGGGCAGCUUUACGGGCCAAGGUUUAUGUUUUUGUUUUAUUUACUGCACUUUGCUUGGAGUUUUCUAAACAUUCACAUGAAUAAAACUUGCUUUAUUCUUGAGGGCACUGUCACUUGCCUAAAAUUAGAAUUGCACAUUGCUGCAAGAGAGGAUCUGAAAAUGUUUGGAACUCUGACUGUGAAUGAAAUUGAUCGAUUGCUGGAAACAAUAAAAGCCCAUUGACUGGGCAGAAUCAAAGGA